CAAAAUAUCAUCUGCAAGAGCAAAACCAGAUAACAGUUGCACUACACACUACACUACACCAUUUCUUCUUUAAUUCCAUCAAUUUCUGUAUUCUGCCUUCAAUCUCUCGUCUUCUUCUUAUGAUUUGUUGGCCAAAAUGUUGGCCUCUGCGAUUUCAAUCUCCACUAAUUUCCAUCCCCCCCUUUCCAAUCGCCAACACUCAUUCUUGAGCACUCGCAUGAAGGUUUUUGCUGCGGGAACUAAACCCAGAAACCUAUCGGUCUUUCUCUACCAUCUACCUUAUCGCGGUCGCUACCCAGAAUCUCUCUCUAAUCGUUUUGUCCGCCGGAGUGUCAGCAGCGAUGGCGGCGGCGCUGUUGAUUCUACCCACCAGCAGUCUGCAGCUCCCGACAUCAAAGAUGUACAGAAUGAUUCUUCUAGUGUUGGACACAGUUAUGUGGCAUUAUUUGUCCGGAUGCUCGGCUUAGAUCACGAUCCUCUUGAUAGAGAACAAGCAGUAAUAGCUUUAUGGAAAUAUUCCCUUGGAGGAAAGAAGCACAUAGAUGCCAUCAUGAAAUUUCCUGGAUGCAUAAAUCUAACAGUAAAUCUUCUUCAGUCAGAAUCAAUCGCUACAUGUGAAGCAGCUGCUGGCCUUCUACGGUCAAUUUCUCUUGUGAACUUAUACAGAGAUUCAGUUGCAGAAAGUGGAGCAAUUGAAGAGAUAACUGGCUUGCUUAGUCGACCGUCGUUGGCUCCCGAGGUGAAGGAGCAAAGCAUAUGCGUUUUGUGGAAUUUAUCAGUAGAUGAAAAGCUCAGAUUGAAGAUUGCCGACACUGAUAUUCUUCUAUUGCUUAGUAAGAAUCUUGAUGAUGAGGACAUGAAGGUGAAGGAAGCAGCUGGAGGGGUUUUGGCAAAUCUGGCAUUGAGUCCAUGUAACCAUGGAGUUAUUGUUGAAUCAGGCUUAAUUCCGAAAUUGGCUUAUCAGUUAAAAGCUGAGGCAGACAGCUCGAAAAUUGUGAGAAAGGAAGCAAGAAAUGUGUUGCUAGAACUUGCUAAGGAUGAGUAUUAUAGAAUUCUUGUCAUAGAGGAAGGACUGGUUCCAGUACCAAUUGUUGGUGCUGCUGCCUACAAGUCCUUCAGACCAGGCCUGCAUUCAUGGCCUAGUUUGCCUGAUGGCACAGAAAUUGAACAAUCUUCUAACGGUCCUUCAAGAUUUGGUGCCUCCGAAUUACUCCUUGGAUUAAAUGUCGAUAAUAAGGCAAACAUAGAGGAAGGAAAGAUAAAUGCAAUUGUUGGACGGACGCAGCAGCAAUUUCUGGCUCGAAUUGGUGCUAUAGAAUUUGAAGAUUUGAAGGACUCUCAACUUGAGUCAUCUACCGGUAACCAUCUUACACUCUUACCAUGGAUAGAUGGUGUGGCUCGACUAGUUUUGAUCCUUGAACUUGAAGAUGAUACCGCCGUAAUGAGAGCUGCAGAGUCAAUUGCUGACGCAUCCAUCAACGAACACAUGCGUAUUUCGUUCAAGGAAGCUGGAGCAAUCAAGCAUUUAGUUAAGGUUUUAGAUAAUAUGAAUGAUGCAGUCAAAUGGGCUACAAUUAGAGCUCUGGAGAGACUGUCAAUCAGCAAUGUUGUUUGCCAGACAAUUGAAAAUGAAGGUGCACUUGGUCCUUUGCUUAGUAUUUUAAGGCUCUCAAAUAUCCCUGAAAAUGUGAUGGAGAAGACGCUCGAUAUACUUUGUCGAAUCCUGGACCCCAGUAAAGAAAUGAAAUCAAAGUUUUACAAUGGACCGGUAAACGGGUCUCAUGGAGGACAACAUUCAGAAUCUGAAGCUUCUACGAGGAAAGAUGUGCUGGAUGCUGUUGCAGUUUCUUGCCUCGUUGAGAUUUUGAAUACCUCAUCCCCAAACUUGAAACGCAAAGCCGCUUCUAUCCUGGAAUUUGUUUCUAUUAUGGACCCAAGCAUGGAAAUAAUCGAUUCCAUGGCGAUAGAAUCUGGUUUGUUGGCUGUUUUCCAGUUAGGAGUCUCAAUAGAUUCUGAUGCUGAAGAUUGGCAGCCUGAAAGGUACGCCCUUGAAGUUGAGGAAGCUGGUCUUGCCAUAUCAGCAGCCUCCCGUCUACUAACGAAACUUCUCGAUUCCGAGAAGUUCUACAACAAAAUAAACUCUGCCCAUUUCACUAAGUUACUUCGUCAAAUCCUAAAGUCAGACAUUCCCAUUCACCACAAAGACUGGAUUGCUGCCUGCCUAGUCAAAGUUAGCUCCAUUUCAGCUCUGAACAUGGAUUCAGGGAAUCCGAUCAACAUGGAGGUAACUCUUUACGAAACAAUACCAAGACUCAUUCAGCAGAUCAAAGGCUCCUUCUCCAUGGAAGAUCAAGAAUCCUCUGUUGUGGAACUGAACAGAAUACUCUCAGAAGGAAUUGUCGAUGCUACCCGAGCUGUUGCUUCUAAAGGUGGUAUCUUUCCAUUGGUAAAGCUGAUCGAUGAAGGAAGCGAGAGGGCCACAGAAGCAGCCCUAGCCAUACUGUAUAAUCUGAGCAUGGACAGUGAAAAUCAUCCAGCAAUUUUAGCUGCUGGAGCCGUGCCAGCAUUGAGGAGAAUCGUACUAUCACAACGAGCAGAAUGGCGACGAGCUCUUCAUUUGUUGAGGACAUUGCCUACAUGACAAAAGCCAAAAGGUACUCGAAAAGUACAUAGGAAUUACACUGGAAAUGCAAAAUUUUUGUAGUUUCUGUAUAUCAACUGAUCAGUGACUUUUUAGCUCUAUGCUAAACAAUGUGAAAAUGAAUACAACAGUGAAUUUUACAAAUGGUGUACAACAAGCUCUGUUUACUGCGGUUGUUCCA